UUUAAAACCACUUCCAGUCCGGACACUUUCACCCCCUUCCAGUCCAGACACUUUCACCCCCUUCCAGUCCGGACACUUUCACCCCCUUCCAGUCCGGACACUUUCACACCCCUUCCAGUCCAGACACUUUCACCCCCCCCUUCCAGUCCGGACACUUUCACCCCCUUCCAGUCCGGACACUUUCCCCCCCUUCCAGUCCGGACACUUUCACCCCCCCUUCCAGUCCGGACACUUUCACCCCCUUCCUGUCCGGACACUUUCACCCCCUUCCAGUCCGGACACUUUCACCCCCUUCCAUCCGGACACUUUCACCCCCUUCCAGUCCGGACACUUUCACCCCCUUCCAGUCCGGACACUUUCACCCCCUUCCAGUCCGGACACUUUCACCCCCUUCCAGUCCGGACACUUUCACCCCCUUCCAGUCCGGACACUUUCACCCCCUUCCAG